AUGGAGUGCAGUGCUUCCCACACUAACACAGUUUCACGAGGAACUUACGGGAAUAUUUCCAGAGAGAUCCAGGAUGAACAAAAGCCAGCUACUAUACAGGGACGAGUGACAGCCAAGAUCAGUAGCACGGAGGGAGUCACCCGUGGACGUCUGUCUAACUGUUCCCUCGCUGAUAUCAGGAAGAGGUCAGGGAUUAUGCUAUUAACAACAACGAACUUUGCCUUUUUGGACAUGACUUUGAACAUGAUUGAGAGUAUCAAGAGAGCAGGCCUAUGCGUGAAUACCACAGUCAUUGCAGAGGACCAAAAAUGUCAUCAAUAUCUGAAAGAUAGAUUCAAGGAAGAGCCAGGUGUGCACGUCAUAAUGACUAACUCGGGAGAAACAAGAAGUCAACUUAUACCAAGAUAUACUCGCGAGUACUUCCGGUUUUUCAAUAAGCGUCAGUCGUACAUUCUUGCGUUAUUGGAGAAAGGGCUUGAGGUUCUUUUCACUGAUUCUGAUACAUUUUGGUUCCGAGACCCUUUCCCAUACUUCCAAGGAGACUUCGAUGUGUCUAUGAUGGACUCGAAAUCACCCUACCCUACUCGGACAGAAAAGGCAAAUUUUUGUGCAGGUUUCGCGUACUACAAGCCGACUCCAGUGACAAUUCGAUUCGUUAAGGCGUGGAUACGAACCAUUGAGAAUAACGAAAAAACCGGGAAGAUACGACAAGAUCAAGGGGUGAUGAAUACCCUUUUACGAACCGACGAUCCGGUGCAUGUGCGUGUCCAACCGUUGGACAUUAAAGUUUUCCCUGAUGGUCCCAAGUUUUAUUCUCUGUUAGCUAAAAUGGCCAACUACUCUCCGGUAGUGAUGCACGCCGCCACAAUCCGUGGACAUGAGGCCAAGAUUGAAAAACUCAAAAGUUCAAACAUGUGGCUUGUGAAUAUCACGACUGGUUAGGAGGUCAAAUGAUCACUCAUACCU